AUGGCCCCUCACUCCGACGAACACGAUUACCACCCCAAGGAUGCGCUCCAGGCCACCUUGAAAACCACCAUGCUCACUGGUGGAGUGGGUCUUUUCGCCUCCGCCGUCCAGAACACCCUGACUAGAAAGAACGUCGGACCAUGGGGUGUGUUCACGAGGACUGGCGGCACGAUCGGCAUUUUCGCCGCGAUGGGAGGUACCUACGAGUUCGUGAAGACCGCUUCCGCCAACCUUCGUCAAAAGGAAGACCACUACAACGUCGCGCUGGGAGGUUUUUUCUCCGGUGCUAUUCUGGGACUUAAAGUCCGCACUUUCCCCGCAGUCCUGGGCUAUGGUGUUGGCCUGGCCGUCACUCUCGGCGCUUUCGAAUACACCGGUGGUUCGUUCUUCGGUAAGAAGCGGGAUCCCAACGUCGACGAGUUCGAGCGUCGGGAGCGGAUCAGAACGGCAUACAGAACCUCCGGGGAGGAGACUCUUGCUCAGCUGGGUGAGGGACGAGGUAUCUACGGCCCUGGAUAUGCUGAGAGACGGCGGGAGAGAAUCAAGGAGGCAUACGGUAUCGAGGUUCCUGCAUCAUAGAAAUGGUUUCAUUGAAUUUUUCCUCUUUGCGCAGUCUUCCCUCUCCCCCAUUUCCGAUAUAUUCUUUUGUGUAAAAUUAUUGCGUUACCCAGAUGCCGUUCAGCUAGCAGAUUUGGCACGUCCCCACGAAUGCACCUUUUUUCUUACUCGUGUUUUGAACUUUGCUGGGAGAACGGGUAUUUCAGCGCAAGUAAUCGCAUAAUGCGGAUUAUAUCUACGUAUGAGGCUUGC